GAAGAAAAGUUAACAUCAAAGAAACAAAACAACAAACAGUUUGUGUGCGUGUUCGUGUUUUUGUGUUCUCGCUUUUCACUGCACUGGUCACCGCCGUUCGGCGGAAACGGACAAUGGCCGGCAAAGGCGGAAGCGCUCCGGCGACGUACUCGCCGUCUCCGACCGUUCAGAAAAAGAAAACUUCCCUUUUCCAAGAAGACUGGGUCCGACCUGAUGGCCGUGGCUUCCACCAGUGCAGGCCUGCUUUUUUCAGGACUGGUGCUGUGAAUGCUGCAUCAGGAUCAGCCUAUGCGGAGUUUGGAAACACCAAGAUCAUUGUAUCUGUAUUCGGGCCUAGGGAGAGCAAGAAGGCAAUGAUGUACAGUGAUAUAGGGCGUUUAAAUUGCAAUGUUAGCUAUACAACGUUUGCAAGUCCAGUUCGUGGACAGGGUUCAGACCACAAAGAAUACACUGCAAUGCUUCAUAAAGCUUUGGAGGGUGCAAUAAUAUUGGAAUCUUUCCCCAAGACAACUGUGGAUGUUUUUGCAUUGGUGCUGGAAUCUGGCGGCAGUGAUCUCCCAGUUGUCAUAUCAUGUGCUAGCCUUGCCCUGGCUGAUGCUGGAAUAAUGAUGUAUGACCUUGUUGCAUCAGUUUCUGUGUCUUGUCUCAGUAAGAAGCUUGUCAUCGAUCCUAUUUUUGAGGAGGAAAACUCCCAAGAUGGAAGCUUGAUGAUUACGUGCAUGCCUUCUCGCUAUGAAAUUACUCAACUUACAUUUACUGGGGAAUGGUCCACCCCAAAGAUUGACGAGGGAAUGCAGCUUUGCCUUGACGCUUGUGCAAAGCUUGCAAAGAUUAUGAGGUCAUGUUUGAAAGAAGCUGCUUCUGAUUCUCAGGAAUAGAAUAUGGAUGGUAUGUUGAUACGAAGUACGAUGAUGAUUAUGUUCUACUCCUAUUUUUAAAGGAACAAAGCUUGCAAUAGCCAUUUUACCUUGAUGUGCAAAUUAAUGUAGCACAUAGCCACGAAUGACAUCUUGUGGAGCAAAAUGAUUUUGGCUAGGUUUAUGUAAAUAUAACUUGAAGUUGGUGUUAUUUUUUCUGGAGCAUGCGUGCAGCCUUUGGAUUUUCAACUGAACUCUGAAAUAGUAAUGAACUCUAAUAUUUAAGUUU